AUGGCUGCAUCUGCAUCUGCUUCUGGUAGUUGCGGACCCACAGGAUACAGACCAUAUAUUUCCUUAGUAAACUCAAUCAUGCAACCUUCUGAUCCGAUUGCUAGGCGGAUUACAUUGAUCUUCAAGGAAAAGUUAGUAGCAGAUGGCUUUUGUUGGAAAAAUGUACCAGAAGAGGUUAAAGAAUUCUAUUGGCAAGAAUUUAAGAAACACUUCUUAUGGGAGGAGGCAAUAGAGCAGCUUAUGAAGAUAGCUUGGAGGAAAAAAGUUGUCGAGCGGUAUCGUAGCCUUAUGUGUAGCGUAAGGAAUGGGAAGGAGAAGAGGCUAUCACUGACAGAAGGAGUAAUGGAUGCAUGGCAAUCCGCUUGGGGAGCAACUGAGUAUAAAGAGAAAUGCAAAAAAUUCUCUAACAACAGAAAGAGUGAAACAGGUAGGCAAGGCGCUGGCCCAUCAAGACAUUGUGGAGGAUCCAUAUCUCAGUAUAGGCAUCAACAACAGAUGCGCGAAAGACUAGGCAGAGAUCCUUUACCUCAUGAGUUAUUUGAGGCUACUCAUAAAAAGAAGGGUACCUCAGAGUUUGUUGAUGCACGCUCAAAGACCAUUCAUGACCGCUUUCUGACUUUGAAAGAGCAAGCAUCACAGACAGAUAAUGACAGUAGUCAGGCAUCCCGCAUUGAUGAGGCUCAAUUAUACUUUGAGGCAGUAGGUGGAGAGAAAAAAAGAAGGGUGUAUGGUCUUGGAUCACAGACUUCAGUUUUCUUCCCAAACAAGACUUCUGCUAGUACAUCCUUCACAUCAGCUCAGCAAAAUAAGGAUCUUCAAGAUGAAGUGGCUGAUCUCAAACGCAAGGUACAGGAGCGUGAGGAUAAUGAACAAGUAUUGCUUGAGCAAAAUGUGCGGAUUACCUCUGAGCUGUCACAGGUGACGGAUUUACUUAUGUAG